AUGGGUAUGGCUUUUAACAGCUUGUAUGUUUGCACACUCUGUGUUUCCCUUGUGCUAUGCUUCUUCACGUCGAUUUCCAUAGCUGAUAAUAGCCAUGCAGUCGUUCCACCAGAAACCAUAUGCUACUCAACCUUGGACCCUUCUUACUGCAAAUUUGUUCUUGCCAAUCAAAAUGGUAGCAUAUAUGACUAUUGCCACAUUUCUGUUCGAAAAUCCCUGUCCCAGUCGCGUAAGUUAUUGAACGUGGUGUACUCAUAUCUUCAAAAUCCCUCUUCUUUCUCCCAACCCACCAUCCGAGCCCUUGAAGAUUGCCAAUUACUUUCUGAACUGAACUUUGACUACUUAUCAACAACCCAUGACACUGUCGAUAAAGCUAGCGAUGUUCUUCCCACCUCUCAAACAGACGAUGUUCACACAUUGCUUAGUGCUGUUUUGACAAAUCAGCAAACUUGUUUAGAUGGACUUCAAACCUCAGUUUCAGAUACAAGAGUGAAGAAUGGUCUUUCUUCCCAACUCUCGGAUGAUAUGAAGCUUAAUAGUGUCUCGCUUUAUUUGUUCACCAAGGCUUGGGUUCCUGAGAACAAAAUAUGGCAGCACCAUGGAGCAGCCAUCCAGAAUGAUGGAUUACCCUUGAAGAUGCCAAACAAAGUUCGUGCCAUUUAUGAUUCUGCUAAAGGUCAGGGGAGGAAACUACUUCAAACAUCGGAUGACAGUGAAAGCGUGGUUGUGAGUGAUAUUGUGGUGGUUAGUAAAAAUGGAAGUGGAAACUUUACCACCAUAAACGAUGCCAUAGCUGCUGCACCAAAUAACACAGCUGUUACGGAUGGCUACUUCAUUAUUUUUAUCACCGAGGGUGUAUAUCAAGAGUAUCUAUCGAUAGCGAAAAACAAGAAGUUCUUGAUGUUAAUUGGAGACGGAAUCAAUCGGACAAUUAUCUCUGGUGAUCACAACGUUGUUGAUAGCUUUACAACAUUCAACUCAGCAACAUUUGCUGUGGUAGGAGAAGGAUUCGUUGCAAUGAACAUAACAUUCCGCAACACUGCUGGGCCAAGCAAGCACCAAGCAGUUGCAGUAAGAAAUGGAGCAGAUAUGUCCACCUUCUAUAGCUGUAGUUUUGAAGGGUACCAAGACACUUUAUACACUCAUUCUCUGAGGCAGUUUUAUCGCGAAUGUGACAUAUAUGGCACAGUUGACUUCAUAUUUGGAAACGCAGCUGCUGUUUUUCAAAACUGCAACAUGUAUCCCCGCCUUCCCAUGAGUGGACAGUUCAACGCCAUCACUGCACAAGGUCGAACUGAUCCAAAUCAAAACACUGGCUUUUCCAUACAAAAUGCCACCAUAAAAGCAGCACAGGAUUUUGCUCCAAUGGUUGGUAAUGCGGAAACAUACCUUGGAAGGCCAUGGAAGGAGUACUCAAGAACUGUUUAUAUGCAGUCUUUCAUGGAUAGUUUGAUAGCUCCUGCUGGUUGGCAUGAAUGGAAUGGGAAUUUCGCACUCAGCACAUUGUAUUACGCAGAAUAUGAUAACAUGGGUCCCGGUUCAAACACUGGCAAACGAGUGAACUGGUCUGGGUAUCAUGUUAUCGAUGCCACUGAUGCAGCAAAUUUUACUGUGUCUAACUUCUUGGAUGGGGAUGAUUGGGUGCCUCAAACUAGCAUUCCGUACCAGGCAUCUUUAAAUAUUAACAUUGAGCAUGUGCUGAACUUCGCUGAUAGUGGCGGGUUCUAUCGCGAUGAGAUGAAUGGGAAAUCCCGUCGUUACAUUUUCCAAGAUGCGUGUCAUGUAAUUCGAUGCUUAUUGACAAAGUCUACAUUGGUUGACUAA